UGUCUGUCUGUUUUUCAGCAGUUAUUAGCUAACUUAAUGCACUAGAGUAGUAGUUAGCUAGCUAACUAGCUAUGUUAGCUUGUUUGUUUGUAAACAGGCUGACUGUCUGUUUUCUGUGUAAAUUCCAAGUUAGCUAGUGAUAGCUAGCCACAAGUGACUUUAGUGGAAAAGGUAAAUUAAGGGGAAAUAAAUAAGUAAAAUUACAAUUCUUUAGUGAGUGUAUGUUUGAAAAUAGCACUGCUGAGGUAACGCUAGCUAGGUUAACUAGUUAGCUAGAUUAGCUAACGUUUAAUAGGUAAGGUUAGUUAGCUAGCCUUAACUGACUAAAUGUGUAACUACAAUAGCACAGUUGAAGUUAAUUCCUGAUUAGAAUAUCAUCACUGAACUAUAUUUAUGGGAUUUAUGACUGCUGAGGUGCAUUUGUGAUUAAAAUGGCACUGUUAGCACUAUUCCAUUAGUAAGCUAGCUAGCUGAAUGUGUGACUAGCACUGCUAAAAUAAUUUAAUGAUAAGUUUAGCACAGAUAUACUAAGGUUACGUUUUGUGUUCAAUACAUAGCCUAUUUUCUUUAUUUAAAAAAAUGCUUAGAAAGAAUAACAAUAUAUUUAGGCAAAUUGAAUGACAACCUACAACCAAACGUGUUCAGUAUUCACUAUCAGGCCAACUGUUUUUUUUUUUUUUUUCAUUUUGUUCUGUUUUAAUAUGGUGCUUCCAUAAUUCUAGGUACAUGGAUGAUAUUAUCAUUUGAUGAGAUGUGGAGCAUUCUGCAUCUCAGAGGUAAUAAAGAGACAGUUGUUUUAUACGAGUGAGAGAGGUUUCACCGAGAUAGAGAUAGAAAGAGAGAUAGAGAGAGAGUGUUGAGCUGUUAUGAGGCUCUGUGACCAGGUGGGUGGGCAUAUUCUGGCUGAGUAUGCAGCAGCAACGGAGGGCUUUGCAGAGAGAGAAAGAGACGCACACACACACAAACACACACACAGGGCUCUGCACAACUUGUGCACACACUCACACACACUAUCUUACUUUGGGCAUCGUCUUGGCACUGAAGGACCAGGACGAUACACACUUGCCUCUGCAUGUUGCCUUUUUUUCUGCUAUGUGAGUGGAGCUACUUGGAAGGGGGACGCACUCACUGGCCUGGACCAUGAGCAAUGAGUCUACCAUCUGGAAAAACCUAACAGAAAGCACCACAGAGCCCCCCCUGGAGCCGGGUGGGCAGGAUGGCUACGUUCUCCUGCUGGUCCUCCUGUCCAUCUUCCUUGGGGGGGUGCUGGUCCUACUGUCUGUCCUGCUGAUCGUCUGCCGUCGAUGCUGUGAGGGGGACCCGCGCUACGCACGGUUCCUUCUGUGCUUCAGGGGCAGUGAUGAUCCAGAGAAAACCACCACCUCCUAUCUUGAAGAGUCCCAGCCUGUUCACGAGAUCACAAUCCGUGUGGAGGAGUCAGACUGUGUGUCGGCCGGCAGCUCUCACGACGCUGAGACCGAGCGCUUCCUCUCUACCGGAACCACUGGCCGCCGGGUCUCCUUCAACGAGGCUGCACUCUUCGACCACAGCAAGAAGACCCUGGAGAAAGGUCGAAGGUACACACUCACUGAGGGUGACUUCCAUCACUUAAAGAAUGCCAGGCUCACCCACCUCCACCUCCCUUCCCCCGCCCUCAAGAUCGUCACCAUCCACGAGUGUGAGUCACUGGAGAACAGCAUCGCCAUGACAACCCGCCCUGUCGCUAAAUCCAGCCUCUCCAUCUUCCAGCCCCCGAUGUGUCCACUGCCGCAGACGGCUCUGGUUAGCCUGAGUCUCAGUCCCAGUUCAGCUCUGCCAGGAGACGCUCUCAACUCCACUGUGGAUACCAGCUUCUGUGAAAAACUCCCGACUCCCAGCCCUGAGCCUUCAGGCCCUAGCCUGAUGGAGGUGAGGGGGGUCAGCCCGGUCAGUGGGCGUGAGGGAACGUCCCUCUCCACCACGGCUCUGUCCUCCUCAGGGGGUGCUCCUCAGGGUCCGGUGCUGCAGUUCUUCACCAAACUGCGGCGCCACGCCAGCCUAGAGGGAGCGAGUCCCUACUUCAAAAUCAAGAGAUGGAAAUUCGACAGCAGCCAGAGAGCCUCAAGCCUGGAUACCAGAGGCUCCCCCAAGCGAAGACCAUUCCAAAGGCAGCGAGCAGCCAGCGAGAGCAUGGAUGAGGAGGAGCACGGUGCCCACCACAUCGACCUCAUCCAGUACAUCGCCCGCACCAAGGACAUAACCUACUGCCCAUCCAGGCCGGCACCUCGUCUCCUUUCCCCCCCUUCCACACCCCCACCGUCCCUCGGCAGGUUAGAGGUGGAGGUGAUGGUGGAGCCCAGCUGCAGCAGAGCGAUGGGGCCUGGGGUGAUCGGCCUGAGCGCCAAGCCCCAGGAUGAGGCUCCGGGAGUGGGCUAUCGUCGGGAGAGCACAGACACCCAGGCUCUCUACCGUGACAUCUGGACCUUGCGUGCCUCUCUGGAGCAGUAUGUCUCUUCUGACCAGAGCAGCAACAACGACAAUAACUCGGUGCACAGCGAUGCGGACAGUGUGAGUUCACUUAGGCUUAGAAUGGAGAAGGACGGGCUGCCCAGAUUUCCCUCUGAGGACAUUGGGGACGGAAUGGAGGGGGACCUAGAUUUGCCCAGGGACAAGGGUAUGGAGAAACGAGUAAAGCAGGACAGUGUGGAAUCAGAGCGAGGAAGCGAUGGAGAAUCAGGAACACGGAAACUUCUACAGAUGGAUAGUGGCUAUGCAUCUAUAGAAGCCCCAUCCCGAGGGCCAGACGAGAUGCGGCUAUUCCGGAGUGGCAGCGACAGCCAGGAUGGGUCGGCUAUGGAGCGCAGACAAUUUUUUACCAGUUCAGGUCACAGGGGAACUGUGUGUGAAAGCUUUGAGACAGACAUUUUUGAUGAAGAAUUGGAAGAGGAACCUGCGGGAGCCAGUGGAGGUAGCGAAAGCUUGACAAAACUAGAUGAGGAUGUUAUGGUGUGGUCACCGUACGGUCAGAUGUUCACUCAGUCCGAUACAACCCAGCCACGUGCCCCAGUUCUGUCCCGUCGAGACUACAGCAUAGACGAGAAAACUGACGCGCUCUUCCACGAAUUCCUGCGUCACGAUCCUCAGUUUGACCAGCAGGAAUCUCCUGUACGCUCUAAGCACCGUUCCCGCGUGCACCUGCGCAAGCAGUGGCAGCGCUCUAAGCAGUACAGCGACCCAGGCCAGCGCUUCCACUCCUCCUUCGACCGAUGCCGCACUCCUCUUCGCCGCGGAGAGACUGUCAACUAUCCACUGGAAAGUAGCUAUCAAAGUACGCUCCCCCGAAUCGUCAGCGCUCCAGAUGAGGAGGGCAGCGAGGGGGCAGCCAGCCUUCCUGAGACGCAGAAAACAGGAAAACAGGACCAGGAUGCCUCAGCUUUGAGGGACGAUCACACAAGGGUCAGCACUGAUUCAAGUGUGAAUUUGAAGGACAAGGACAAAUUGGAAAUAUCAUCUUCUCUGCCCCCUCCUGUGACUGAAAGCAGCGACGUAGUACCAUCAGAAGUCCCAGUAGAGGAGCCUGGGCAGGUGGGUCCACCCCUCGAACCGGGUGAGGACCACUCGCCUCCGCAGCUGUCCGAAACAGGGUACGGCCCCCAAACCAUCACAGCCGAGCUGAGCGAUAAGCUGGCUGUGAACCUUGAGGAGCGUCUGUACUCGGGUCUGCGCAAAACAAGAGAGCAGCCAGAGUGCGUGCUGACCGCCACGCAUGCCUCGCCCGACCACAGCCCAGUGUAGCAUGCAGCUCCACUCAUCCCCACCGACUCUAUGCUUUCAUUUACAGGGCUUUAAUGGAAAUUAACCUUUAAACCCAGAGCAUACUGACCCAACAUUCUCCAACCAACACCAACACCUGUGUAUGUGCCGCUCUUCUUCCAUUAAGAUUUGUUUAUUUGGCUUCGAAAAGUACGAAUCCGACUGCCUAGUGUUUAUAGGGGAAUGUGGGUCAAUGUGCCACGACUUUUCUGUGCUGAUCUGGGACCAGGUUUAGUUGUCAAUCUAAGGCCCAAUCCCAUUUCACCCCUUGCUCCUAACACUUAGCCCUACCCCUUUUUUUUGCCCAUUCACGUCAAGGGGUAGUGUGUCCCGAGUCUUUUUUGUAUAGGGAGUUCAGGUAAAGUGUUAAGGCUACACUUCAAAUAGAGGGUUAUGAGCAAUUGUAUUACCUUUAUUUUAUGUAGUCUGAAUGUAUUAUGGUCCUUUUCUUCAUACCAAGCAUAGAAAAUAUAGCUAUAUUGCUAAAUUGGUAUAUCUUACAUUUCCCCUUUUACCUUAAAUGGUGCAACAGUUACAUUCUGUUAUCUGAGGCUGCAGUUUGAUUUAAGGUGGAAUGGGGAAAUUCAGAAAGCAAAAAGCUAGCGAAUAACUAACUUUAGCUUCCCUUCACUGCAGAAUUAGUAGUGGACGAUAGGAUUUCAACCACUUUUCCUAGUAACUCAAUUCCAAGGAAAGAUGAAGGAUGACACUCAAAAACAAGGGGUUGGGGUACAAAUGACAAAUGGGAUUGGGCAUCUUGUCCCAGAUCAGAGUUUAAGGGCAAUUCCAUCCUAUUUCAUCUCCAAGUUUGAGUAAGAGGAGAUUAGGACCCUUACCUCACAUCCGACAUGACAUUUUUGAAUGGUAUUUCUGUUCAUUUAUUUGUUUGUUAUUGCUUAAUUCAGGCUCCAUUUAGCUAUGUGUCGAGCUCAGAAGCCAAUAUAUUCUCUGCACUAGGUAAUCCACUGUGAAAUUGGGUGCUACUAGACUUCCGAUUGAUUCUAUGUUCUUCUGCAUUGGUUUUGCCAUUUUUCUAUAUAGUAUCUCGAUUUCACUUCUUCCUAUUUUGGACAGAAAACUCCACUCUAUGAUCUCCUGACCAAAACUAAAGUUUGAUCAUGUAGUAUAGAUAUAGGUUUUGCAUUCAUCUAAAAGCUUGCUAAUGUGUUUCUUUCUUUUUUAUAUGUUAAUAUGUUGUUUUUUGGUAAUGCUUGACUAUUGUCAUUAGCAUUGCAACCAUGUGUAGUUUAGAGUAGCUAUCAGAAAUGUUCUUCUAGUUUUAUAAAAGUGAGUUUUAGUCUAUGGUACAACGAGCACAAUGACACAAGUGGAGAUCACACAUUAACGGGUAGCAAUGACUACACUUUACGCACUAAUUGGUCAAGCGCUGCACUGAGGUUAUUUAUUAUAUAAUAAGCUUCCCUUCAUCAAUGUUCUGAAAUUGAAUGUGCUACCAGUUUAGCUCCUUAGCUUAGGCUGUGUGUUCAGACUGCAGGUAAGAGUGGACCAAACCUGAUUUUCUCACCUAAUGCGAGGCCAUUUACCCAAUCUGCACUGUGUACUUGCCGCUUUGAUUUCAUCCUUUUGCCAGAGUCAUAUUAGCUAUGGCUGGCAGAAUACCGAUAAUUUGCUUCUAACAUUAUUGAAACAGAGACACUCCAACUCCAAAUAUUUAUAGGGUGUUUUUUCUCACUAUCCCACCCCUAAAACCCUCACUCACUGCUGUUGCUAAUUUUUUAUGUCUACUUUUGUUCAUUUUCCUUUAUCCUUAUAGCCUUUUUCCUUUCUUCUUGACAAAAGUUGUUAAAUUCCGAUCUGGCAGUUCAGAGUGAGUUGUAUUGCCGCAAAUUGGCUAUGUAUCGGAUUUCAGUGCAACAUAAAUUUGUCCAGAAUUGAAAAUGUCAGAUUGCAGUCCAGUGGACUAACGUGCUGUCACGCAUGUGCUUGCCUUCACCCUUCUACUAUUGUUAGGGCAUUACUAGUGAUAAGGGGGGGCUUCUAAUGAGUGGGUCGGGUAAUUGGCCAUUCAAAUUGGGGACAUAAUGGGACACAUCUGUGUCAAAUACGAUGAAAAAGAUCAUCAGAUUUGAGCCAUUUUACCUGCAGUGUAAACCAAGCCUUAGACUAUUCUUCUCCAGCGGUAUAUCAAAAACCUAUUCUAUAUCAGUCGGGCUGUAAAACCAUAUCGUUUCAGACUGAUCUUAACGUUCCUAACAUACAAAAAUGAGGUAAAAACAUGUUUGUUGCACUAUAUUGAUCCAUGUGUGACCUCUGCUGAGUAUGCACCUUCAUCACAGCUCCAGAAGCCACAGUGUUCCUCGUUAAGUGUCCUUGUCAUUUAAACGUGUUGUUUGUUCCAGAACUGCUGAAAUUGGGGAAAACUGCCUUUUUGUUAGUUCAGUGUUGUUCAUGGCCAUGUCACUAUUUAUUUAUAUUAUGCUUUUAUUAUUUACAAUGUUAAUGUACUGUAUGUAUGUACAGUAUAUGUGAUUUUUUUAUGUUCAGUGUGUAAAGAAUGACAGUUGAUCUGAUCGAGAGUUUCGAGUUGAAGGUUUUUGACCGUUCGGUGCCAAAUCUUUACGUGAGAUAAGCUAAUCAGCGCAUUUAACACAAUCAGUUUUAGGGAAAAAAGAUCAUAGAAAAACAACAGUAUGUAUGUGAGAAAACUUGGCCUGUGUCAGGGUCUGAAUGAGGUCCAUGCUGUCCGUCUCCAGAGUCACUGGUGUUUUAUUAAAUUUAGGAGGGAGGCAUGCCGCUUCCUGCAUGCUGGUCACAGGCUGACCUUUAUGUGUUCAUUAACGUUUCAUUUUUGUGUGAAAACAACAACAAAAAAAAGCUUCCCCAGAGCCCUCUACUGCACGUCCGGCCUCCUCUGGAAGGAAAAAAAAACUGACAAAGGAGUGAUUUAUUAUGAACUCAAGAUUAUCCAACAUACCCACACAACCCCUACGAGUGCAAGUUGAUACAAAUGCAGCCAUUCAGGUCAAUAAGAAUUAUCCAAUCAGGGGGAUUAAAGAUAGGAAUUUCUAUUCGAGGAUUCCUGGGUAGCGCAGAUGUGAUUAGGAACUGCUGUUGGCAAAAGCUUCCAGUGGAUCUGUGUGGUAGAUCAUGGGCCAGCUUCUCAGAGCAGAACUUUUUUUUUGAUUAGCUGAUAUUGAGAUCCCAUGGUUUUAUUUGAUGUAAUGCACUAAUUAUUCUAGAAUUUAAACUUUUAUGAUGUGCCAGUUAUAGGCCAAUGUUUUAAAAUGGUGUGCUGCUCAGGCGCAACAUGAAGCACCAUUGACUACUUGGGGUCUUUGACAUGUGGGGUCUGAUAUAUCAGAAUAUAUCAGAAUUGCUGUGCGGUGCUGUAGACAUGCUGUGAAUGCAGUGAAAAGUCCUAUCCCAGAGCUUCUCACUGCUGUUCUACAGCCUGGUUAGACCACUGCUCUGUUAGACCGUGUUCACUCAUUCUGAGUGAUGAUGUAUCCUUGACUUCCUGAAAGCCCAGAGUGCUGUUUUGAUCAUACAGCUAGUGUAGAUCAAAACCUGACUGGUCGAUUCUUCUGUCACUUGCUAAUUACCUUGGUGGCAAGUCAGACGUGAAAGCCCUUGAGUUUUUUUUUUUUAUCCUAGCCAACCUAAACUAAAAGGAGAGCUUGUUUAUUUCAAUCAACUGUCAAAGAUAAUGUUCGGGAUGCAGCUGAUAUAUCCUUCCCAGCUAUCAGUUACCUACAGUUCAUAAAAAGAUAGCAUAACUCCUUGGCAUUCUAAGGAAAAGCUUUUUAAAGAGGACAAAAAUGCAUAUUAAUGUUGUCUUUUACACCAAGCCCAAAACUAAUAAACUGUGUUGGACGCAUUUCUCAUAAUCUGCUCAUAUUCUGCAUGGAAUGAAUGCAUUAGUAUCAGGCUGACCAACCAGAGAUCUGAUGUUGUGGUUACAGGCCAAACAAAUGAGUAUCAAAGUUAGUGGAAGAACAGCUCAUCUUGUAUGUUUUUAGGCAUUACGUUUCUCUAGGUGCUUUCUAGUUUGUUCAACUAUAGCUUCAAGCCUCAUAAUGUGUAGAUUUUCCCCUCAGUAAUUCAGUGUUAGUGGUAAAACACUUAACAUUUAAGUAUGCUUCUGUCUACAGCUGCGUUAUGUGUCAACCAUAUCAAAAAACACAGAUUAAUACUUAAAACUUAUAAAGUGGAUACAAAAAAAGAUUGGUCAAUCAGCCAUUGCGUUUUCAGUCAAUUAAUACUUGUAUCAGGUACAUAAAAUGUGUGUUUUUUCUCAUAAAAUUCACCCUAUUCAUUGUAGAUCAAAAUAUAAGUGGUUCUUUCUUUAAUUUGCUGUAAUUACCUUGGUGGCUAGUUGGAUGUGAAAGGCCUUGACUAAUAACAGAGCUUGUUCCUUUCUGUCCACCUACAUCUUAUAGAGAUGUCUGAUUGAAUCAUAAAAAACGAAGACAUAUAUUAAUAUAUUGGUCUUUCACACCAAGUCCAAAAAUGAUUUUUCAAUUUUUCAGUCGAAGCCAACUCUAUUUUCUUAGUGUAUUAUUACCAGGCUGACCAAUCAGAGCUCUGCUAUCAUGUUUGCCGACCAAACAAACAAGCAUGAAGGCAUUUUACAGUUGAGUCAGUUAAACACAGAUUAACUAAAUCUAAAGAAAUCCAGAAAAACCUAUUAGCUAUUGGCCUAUUAGCUUUUAUAUUUUUAGCCAAUUAAAAUCAUCAAUAUCAGGUAUUGGCCACAUGUUUUGGUUCGAAAGCAUUAAAAACUUCUCCUUUCAUGAUCCCCCCACGUCUCCUUAAAAAGUCAAGUCUUCACUCCCUAGACAGAACCAGGAAAGCAAGACCGAUUUCAGAGUUGUACCGGGAGCGAUACACUAUAAACGUACAGUAUAAAAGCACAACAGCGCCCCCCAGCAGGCUGUAGAGCAGUCUCCGUCAGUUUAUUAGGUAUAGAAUCCAGUGGGGGAAGCUGAGUGGUUCCGUUUCGUGCGCUAUCAAGUAGCCUGUCUAAAGCAUUGAUGCAUUACUGUGCGUAGUUCUGCAUGACAUGAAGCUGUUUUAGUAAAGAUGCUGUUUCUCAGAUCUAUGAAUCAGAACCAAAUUAGAAACUAUUAUCGUAUGCUUAUUCGCAUAAAACGAAUAGAAACGAGAAUAAUGUUCGUACUGACAGUUUUUACGUAUUUUAUGGAGUCUAUUUAUUUUAGGGGUACGCCUUGCUGACUGAACAGAUUUUGCUAAGAUUAUGUCCAUGGCAAAAAAAUAUAUUUCUUUUGCUAGAAUAUUUCCAUGGAGGAAAAAAAAGAGAAUAUUUAUGUACAAUUGCUUGAGAUUUAAAUUGCUCAGUUUACAGAAGAAGGAAAAAAAACGAUAGAAAUAGAGUUUUCAGAACAAUUUACAAUUUUUUUGUUUACCUCGAUUUGUUUACUCUGGAUCUUUUAAGCCUUGAGGGACCAACCAGUGUAAAUGUUUAUUUUGGGUUCAUGUUUUCCAACUAGUCAAUAAAGAAUGAUGCAUUA